UCCUACUUCCUGCUGCAGGGGCGCGGAGGCUCCGGGAGCCCUUGUCGACCCCCGCGGGCCUCACGGAGGACGAGCUAACGCCUUCGGUUUCCACACACAGGGGGGGGAAGAUCCCUUCUGUUAGAGACCAAUGCGCGGUGCGGACUGAGCUAACUCUGAAGCGAAGAAGCGCGUUCCGCGCGGCCGAAGGCUCCGCGAUAGGGCGGGGCGCCCCCGAGGCGACACACGAACCUCUGGGGAGCCACUCCGAGCAGCCGGGUGCAGGGGAGCUUCCUUACCCGCCCGCGCCGGGGAGGGCGGAGCCUCAGCGCUCGCGCGGGUUGAGCGGCGCGGGCUCCAGCACCCCUCCCCGGGUCCCGCUACUGCGCAUGGCACGUUGCGUACCUUCCCCCCACCAACGGGCCUGGCGGCGCAGCCCUCAACUCAGGAGGCGGAGCUGAGACGGGGUCGGGACUGCUUGCUAACUCCAGGACCAGGUUUAAAUUUUUGAAAUUGAAGUAAGUCUGCACGUUAGGAACUCAUGUCUUUUCUUGUAAGUAAGCCAGAGCGAAUUAGGCGGUGGGUCUCCGAAAAGUUCAUUGUUGAGGGCUUAAGAGAUUUGGAACUAUUUGGAGAGCAGCCUCCGGGUGACACUCGGAGAAAAACCAAUGAGGCGAGCUCAGAGUCGAUAGCAUCCCUGUCUAAACAGGAGAUCAUGAGUAGCUUCCUGCCAGAGGGAGGACGCUAUGAGCUACUCUCCGUCAUAGGCAAAGGAUUUGAGGACCUGAUGACAGUGAAUCUAGCAAGGUACAGACCAACAGGGGAGUAUGUGACAGUCCGAAGGAUUAACCUGGAAGCUUGUUCCAAUGAGAUGGUGACGUUCUUGCAGGGGGAGCUUCAUGUCUGUAAACUCUUCAGCCAUCCCAAUAUCCUGCCGUAUCGAGCCACCUUUAUUGCAGACAAUGAGCUCUGGGUUGUCACCUCAUUCAUGGCAUAUGGUUCUGCGAAGGAUCUGAUCUGCACACACUUCAUGGACGGCAUGAAUGAACUGGCGAUUGCUUACAUCCUGCAGGGGGUGCUCAAGGCCCUGGACUACAUCCACCACAUGGGAUACGUACACAGGAGUGUCAAAGCCAGCCACAUCCUGAUUUCCUCAGAGGGGAAGGUCUACCUGUCUGGUUUACGCAGCAACCUCAGCAUGAUCAGCCAUGGGCAGCGGCAGCGUGUGGUCCACGACUUUCCCAAGUACAGUGUCAAGGUUCUGCCUUGGCUCAGCCCGGAGGUCCUCCAGCAGAAUCUUCAGGGUUACAAUGCCAAGUCUGACAUCUACAGUGUGGGAAUCACAGCCUGUGAGCUGGCCAAUGGCCAUGUCCCCUUUAAGGAUAUGCCUGCCACUCAGAUGCUGCUGGAGAAGCUGAACGGCACAGUGCCCUGCCUGCUGGACACCAGCACCAUCCCUGCUGAGGAGCUGACCAUGAGCACCUCACGCUCAGCGGCCAACUCUGGCCUGAGUGAGAGCCUGGCCCCCAGCACCCCCAGAACCUCCAAUGGCGACUCGCCCUCCCACCCCUAUCACCGCACCUUUUCCCCCCACUUCCACCACUUUGUGGAGCAGUGCCUUCAGCGCAGCCCAGACAUAAGACCAAGUGCCGGCACCCUCCUGAACCACUCUUUCUUCAAGCAGAUCAAGCGGCGCGCCUCAGAAGCCUUGCCGGAGUUACUUCGCCCUGUCACCCCCAUCACUAGUUUUGAGGGCAGUCAGCCUCAGGAUCACAGCGGGAUCUUUGGCCUGGUAACAAACCUGGAAGAGCUGGAGGUGGACGACUGGGAGUUCUGAGCCUCCAAAGAAGGUGCACGUUCUCUGUCCUGGGACAUGUGAGCCUCAGGGGCCCUAUCUGAGGGCCGGCUACACUCCCAGCCUCCCAGGUGCAGGCUGGGUAGAAAGGACGUUUCUGCCAGGAGAGUUGGCCGCUUACUCACUGGGAAAGAAAUUCUUGGAGAGAAACUUUUUUUUACUGCUCCAGGACUUCUGAGACACCAGGGAAUCCCAGCAACCGGUGAUCAGAGGCCAGAAAGUUGACAUUCCAUCCUGGGAGCUCAGGCAACCUCUUCAGAAGAAAGAGAUGCUGCCCCGGCUUGGGAGGGCUACAGGCCAAGCCCAGGGUUUGAUUCCUCCGCCCGGGGACUGUGUGACUUCCUCUUCUCACUCUCACUGUCCUACCAACCUAUUGCAUUUUCUCCCUCUGCUCUCAGAUCCUAUAGGUCCAUGGAGGGGCAAGCAAUAAGCCACCUGCCCUCCACCUCAGCCCCCUCCCUGAUAAUUGAAGGGAAGGGCAUUGUUUUUCUUGUUAAGCAGCAGGUCAAGGCUGGGGCAGUCCAUCCUUAUCCCUCUCAUUGCUUGUGCCCCGGCACCUAAAACCUUCCCAUAGUUCAUCUGUGUAACUCAUUCCUUUUGCACCAUCUUCCUGCCUCCUGCCAGCGCCUUGAGGCUGUCUCUGAGGCCACAGUGUCUUGCUUAGCCUGAGGACUUAAGUCCUUAUGCUGCGUUAGUUUCAUUGCCAGAACAGAUUAAACGUUUCAGAGAAUCUA